AGACACCUGUCUGGUGUGUCGUUGGUCAUUGUGUAUGACUCGCAAAGAGAAAUGCAGAUCCCAGGGUUCCAGUGUCCUCCUCGAUUUGGAGGAGGUGACGCAACGACGCUUAAGAAAGUGUUUAAAAUCCUCACACUGUUUGGUUUCCUCAGUGCGUCUUUCUUUGGGGUGCUGCUGCUGUACAACGGGACCCUCACCUUCAACCCCCUGACCCGGCGUCAGCACGGGGGGUCCGCUGGGAACGACACGCUGGAGACGCAGGCAGGUGUUCAACAGGUGCAGCUGAAGAUGAGGACCCCAGCCCCGAGUGUCCCCCGGGAGGAGGAGGAGGGGACCACGCCGGCGGACAGUACACAGCCGUGCCCCGAUAACCCCCCGGAUCUCGUCGGGCCCCUCGCCGUGGAGUUCAGUCACAAGCUGACUCUGGAUGAGGUGAGGCGGAAGGUGAGCUCCCCUCUGCGGGAGGGAGGCCGCUACCAUCCCCCGGACUGUGUCUCCAAACACAAGGUUGCAGUUAUCAUUCCAUUCCGAAACCGACACGAGCACCUGAAUUACUGGCUCUACUACCUCCAUCCUAUCUUGCUGAGGCAGCAGUUGGAUUAUGGCGUGUAUCUCAUCAACCAGGAUGGGGAGGGAGUGUUUAACCGGGCUAAACUGAUGAAUGUGGGUUAUGUGGAAGCCCUGAAGGAUUACGAUUAUAAUUGCUUCGUCUUCUCUGACAUAGACCUGAUUCCCAUGAACGACCGCAACCUUUACAGGUGUUUCGACAAUCCCAGACACCUGGCUGUGGCGAUGGACAAAUUUAAUUUCCAGCUACCGUACAACUCCUUCUUUGGUGGGGUUUCCUCGCUGUCCAAGGACCAGUACCUAAAGAUCAACGGCUUCCCGAACACUUACUGGGGCUGGGGCGGCGAGGACGACGAUAUCUACGGGCGGAUCAGUGUCCGCGGGAUGUCGAUUUCUCGCCCCGACCUUUUGACGGGAAAGUACAAGAUGAUCAAACACGAGAGAGACUUGCACAAUGAGCAAAAUCCAGAGAACCCCGGCAAAUUAAGCCAAACCCAGAGGACCAUGGAUCAAGAUGGGAUUAACUCCCUCAACUACACAGUCAAGGAGAUUGUGAAGGAUAUACUGUACACUUAUAUCACUGUGGAUAUUCAGGGUCCGCCAAGAUGAAUGAAAGGGGAACCUGUAGAUUCUGGACUGAACCACUGCUGUGUGUGUUCAAGAGAGCAAACAGUUACUGAAAAACACAAUGAAGUGCAGAGUUUAUUUUCUUUUACUUAUAUUUGACAAGACAUCAUCCAUCAAUUUCUUACUAUCUCACAUUUCUUGUUCUUGCUCAUGAAAUAACUUGGGGCUCCAACCUGAACAAGGUGGAGACAUGUUUGGUUUAGGCGGAGGCCGUGUUGUCAUGGCAGGGACUUUUCUCUGAACGGUUGCACAAUGGCAGAGGAUUAAAAGACUAUUCUCAUGUGUUCCAUUGGUGUGUAGUGUGGAACAAGGGUCAAUUUGUCCUUUAAUCCAUAAAAUAUUACACAUAGCUCAUCAAAACUCAAGAUAAACUGAAUUUAAGUUAUUUUAAUGCACAGCUAAGAGCCACGUUUCCAUGGUAACAACCUAUGCCAUAUGCCAUAUUGUUAACCACAGCAUAUUGUCUUGUAAAGUGUCAUUUAGCUGUUUAAUUGAGCCUAAUGGUGAGGUUUCAUGGUCAGCCAUCUAUUUUGGUUUUGAAAAACAGCCUUAAUUUUACCCAUAAUCCACUGCAAAUUAGACCUAACUAAAGAAGUAAAUCGCCCUGCAACUGAUGUAUUGAGACGUCUUCCUGAGAAGUCCGUUGUUUGAUCCAAACCACAAGUCAAAUUGGAUGUGAGGCUGCUCCUAAGUAGGUGAUAGGAUGGUCAAUAAGGUGGUGGAGGGUUUUGAUGUUUUAUUUCUCAUUUAUAUUAUGUUAAUAUAUUAUAUAUUUUAUUUUGUGUGCUUUAAUGUGCUGUAGGGGCUCUUGUUAUCAUUUUCUGGGUACAAAAUGAUCAAAAAUAUAAUUUGAAUGGCUAUGGUGUUUUUAUUUUUACGACAGCUUUUCAACUCGUUUCUGGCCUUUUUCCAUGAAGUCAUGUCCUGCACGCUGCAAACCGAUGUGAUCAUUGUACCUUUUUUAUCGAGAAGUAUUCGCAAUGAAAGGUAUGACCCCUAUACGGUCCAGCACUGUGAUUACCAGUGAACACCAAAGCUAAAAAUUGGAACAUAUGGGAAUUAAACUGUGAGUGAAAAACUA